UGGACAUCAGUUAAUUGUUGUAUAUCAAUUAGACAAGUGAUCUUUUCUUAAUUUUUAAUAAAAAUGAAGUGUUUGAUUAUCUGUUCUUUAAUUUUGGCCGCAACGGCUGAACCACCUCGUUUUCGUGCGAGGUUCAGGUCUCAGAGACUAGAGUUGGCGCCCACUACCACAGAUUCUUCAAUUGAAUCGACAACUGAUAGCGGACCGUACCCACCAUCUGGGUGGAAGCCGUCUGGUGCUGCUUUUACUCUACCCAUAGACACCACUCCUACUCCAACAGAUACUUAUGGACCUCCUGAAGUCAGUGGAUACCAACCUUCUGGAUGGAAGCCAGAUGGACAACCGUUCACAUUACCCAUAGACACAACUCCUACCCCAAUAGAUGUGUAUGGACCUCCUGAAACCAACGGACCUUAUCCACCUUCUGGAUGGAAGCCAGAUGGACAAUCUUUCACUCUACCUCAAGAGCAAACGUCGACGACUUAUGGCAUACCAGAUCACAGUUAUCAACCUACAGAUGCUAACAAACAAGUGGAGACUGUAGUAGAGCCGGUGGAAGUGCAGAAGAGUGUCGGGACCUACUACCUCCUACUGCCAAAUGGCCAGCUGCAGAGGGUGGAGUAUGUGACAGAGAGUGAUCUUCAGAAUAUGAAGUACUUAGCGAGAUUGCAACUGAGUGGUCGCGGGCCUUUGUUUGUGUUUGGCCCCUAGAGGGCGUGUCCUGGAUGUUUGUCGAUGUUGUGAUAUGAUACCUAAUAUUGUGUUAUUAUGUAUUAAGCUUAUUACGUUAGUCUUUUCUUGAAAUAA